ACCUGUGCGGAAGCAAAUGUUCUGUAUUUGGAGAGUCCUGCAGGAGUUGGAUUUUCUUAUUCUAGUGAUCCAACUUACUAUGUGGGUGUGAAUGACACCCUAACAGCCAAUGAUAACCUGAUAUUUCUUCUGGGAUGGUUUAAAAAGUUUCCAGAGUUCAAAACCAGAGAACUUUAUUUGACAGGGGAAAGAUAUGCAGGGCACUAUAUUCCUCAGUUGGCAGAUCUUAUUGUCAGGACCAACAGAAAACAGAAGGUCUUCAAUUUGAAGGGUGUAGCUAUAGGCAACCCCUUACUAGAUUUCUACACAGAUUUGAAUGCAAGAGCAGAAUACUCCUGGUCACACGGUCUCAUAUCUGACCCCACAUACAAAAUGAUGAUUAAGGACUGCAACUACGCUCGCUAUAUGGAUGAAUAUUACAGAUGCAGCAUUUCUAACACCUGUGAGCAGGUCCACGCAAUCUUCGACAUGGAAGUCAGUCGAUACAUCGACAGAUACGAUGUGACUCUCGACAAAUGUUUCUCCUCCCUCUUCAUGCAGUCCAAAUUGCUCAGACCUCAGAAGAACAGGCCCACAAUAGAAACCGAAAGAGCAGAGCCAGACGUUUGUGUUGAAGACGAGAAGUACAGAAGGCAUUUCAUGCGCGCGUCGCCGGAGGCAUCAGUAGUUGGAAGGAAUGCAGCGAGUAAAUCUGAAUUCCCCUGUCUGCAGUAAUAUAAUUUCAAAAAUAAAUAAAUAAUCUUGUAAUAAAAAGGUAGUAGACAUGAAGUUUUCACGGUUUAUGCUAAAAAAAUUCUACUCAGAAACAUAUUCACUCAUUAUACUGUAAUACCCAUAUAUAUUAAACCGUCUAUAAAUAUAAUAUAUCCAUAGAUCUAACAAUUUAACCUGAUUUUGAUUCACACAGUGCUUAAAUACGAUCAGCUGAGUGAAGAGACACCUACCACAGGGUUGCUGGGUAAACUUGUAACUGCUGGUAUAAGAGUAUUAAUUUAUGGUAAUAUUUUUUUUGUUUAUUGAAAAAAUAAAUAAUUAAUAGAUUCAAGUAUAUUGUGAAUAUUAUUUAGAUGUAAUGAAUGUUAAGUGGGUCAUCCAUUUUAAUGAAAGAAUGAAUUUGUGCAAACCUUAUUCAUCUGAUAUAAAUAAAUAAAAAUGAAUUCAAACAGCUUGAUUUCUAUUGUUUACACUCCAUGUUUACCUAGAAAUUUGAAGAGUUAUUGAAAAAGAACGAAGAUGAUCAAGACAUGUCUCUGGACACAAGCAUUUUUCAUGCUUUCAAGUUAUAUAGUUUGUAGUUGGUUAUUAACAUUUUACACAUUUUUUGUACAUAUAAAUUUACAUGUAAGAAGAGCACAAGUCCAAAUUCAAAUAGGACUUUACUCUUGAAUAAGUCAAAUUAGUUGUAGAUUUCCUAUUUUUGUUGAAUGCUUUCCUCUAUAUAAAGGAGGAAGCCUCAUUGUAAAUAUCAUCUUUAAUUUUUCAUCAAAAGUCUAAUGUUUUGAAGAGCAAUUUGAGACUUUGAACUUGAUUUAUAAAUCAAAAUUUCAAUCAAUAUAGAAAGUAGAUUAGCAUCCAA